AUGGAUUCGGAAGAUGCUAUCAACAAAACAGAUUUUUUCUUCAAAGAAAUUCCUGCUGUUAAAAUUGGAAACAACAAUGUUGUUGUCAAAAAAACUCCAGUUAAAGAGGAACUACAAUUCCUGAGAUUGUCUGAUACUAUUCAAGAAAAAAUAGUGGAUACUUUGAAGUACAUUCAUGGACCUGAUUUCAAAUUCAGUGCUGCUUCUUCCUAUGAAGAAUCAAAAUCCAAUUUAUUGAAAAAAUAUUGGGUUGGACGUGGGAGUCUUAUUGUUAAAGGAGUAACAAAUUUUUCUCAAUACAAAGAUGAACCAACAGAAGAACAAGAGAGAUUAAAGCAGUAUAGUUUGUUGAGAUUGGAAAGCUAUGGCUUCCACAAAUCUCAUAUACUUGAAGCAUUUGACUACUGCAAAGGUGAUGUUGAAGAUUCCCUUUAUUUGUUAUACCACAAAUAUUUCAAUAGAAACAAUGAACUUAAAGAAAUAGAUCAUGAUUUAUCAGAUAAGGAAUUAUUAGAACAACGAAUAGAUGAAAAAAGUUCACUUGAAUCCAUUUAUGAGAAUGCUUUCAAGGUCAAAACAGAAAAUGUUUGGAUAAUCACUCUCAAAUUAGAAUAUUUGAUAAAUAUAUUCCAUAAUAAAGAGGAAAAAGUGUCUAAAAACACAAAUCAACCAAAAAAGAAGGAAAGAUGUAAAAAUUUGAUUAGGGGGCAUUGUAAAUAUGGCAAUAAAUGUAGGUAUUCACAUGAAGUAGAAAAAGUUGAAGUGAAUCUGAAUGCACAUCUUGAUGACUACAUAUUUGAGCUUGAGAUUCGUUUUCCUCUAGAUUCUAAAUAUCCUUAUGAAGCACCUCUCAUAUUCAUCAAAACUAAUGCAGUACUACCAGAUCUCAUGAACUUGCAUCUUUCUAAACGCCUCUACAAGGAAGCAAAAUUAUUAGCAGAAGAUGGCAUACCUUCUGUGUACACAAUCACAGAACUCAUACAAAAUGAGGAGGAUAUCAAGCAGCAUUUGAAAGAAGAAAUAGAUUUCAUUCAUCCAAACCAUAAAUUGUUUGAUGAUGAGCUAGAUAUUGUAACAAAAGCUAGACCUAGCCAUUACAAAAAAGGUAUUACUAAGAGAAGUAAUAAAAAGAUGCCAACUUUAGAAGAAUUAGCUAGAGAAGAUAGGAGGAUAGUGGAUAGAUUCCAAGCCAAAACAAAGGAUGCAAAGUACAAACAAAUGCUGAAUGGGAGACAAAAACUUCCAGCAUGGAAUUUGAAAAAUGACAUCUUGAACUCCAUAAGUCAGUCACAAGUGGUAGUUGUGAGUGGAGAAACAGGCUGUGGCAAAAGUACACAAGUCCCUCAGUUCAUCCUGGAUGAGUGGUUAACAACUUACAACAAUAAUAAUAAUGGGCACAUUGAAAUCAUUUGUACCCAACCCAGGAGAAUAUCUGCAAUUGGGGUAGCAGAAAGGGUUGCUGAUGAGAGGGUAGAUAAAAUAGGAAACACUGUUGGUUACCAGAUCAGACUUGAAAGUAAAAUGUGUUCCAGUACUAGACUGAUGUUUUGUACUACUGGUAUUUUAUUGAGAAGAUUAGAGGGUGAACCCACAUUACCAAAUGUAACCCAUAUAAUUGUUGAUGAGGUGCAUGAGCGUAGUGAAGAAAGGUAUUUCCUGAGUAUAUGCAAAAAAUUCAAGGGGCGUAUUGAGGUAUUUGAUGAAGAAUAUUCCAUAUGGACAAACUUCUUAAUUUCUGAAUAUGAUAUUUUUCAGAUCAGUGACUUUUUGCUUCUAAUACUGAAAGAGUUGCUGCAAGUGAGGCCAGAUUUGAAAGUCAUUCUCAUGAGUGCUACAAUGAAUGCUUCAUUGUUUUCUGAAUACUUCGGAGAUAUCCCAGUAAUUGAAAUUCCAGGAAGGACGUUCCCUGUUGAACAGUACUUUCUGGAAGAUAUAUUGGAAGCAACUGGUUAUAUAUUAGAAGAGGGGACAGAAUACUGCAAGAAGAUAAGGAAGGAUUCUGAUUACAUGGAGGCAAUGUCUUCAGCUGAGGCCAGUUAUGCAAGUGCCAAACCUAGAGACAAUAUUCGAGAUGAGGGUUUGAGUAUUACUCAAGUUAUGGCUAGAUAUCAAGAUUAUAGUAAGUCAACUUGUAAAAACUUAUACCUGAUGGAUCCUGAGAAAAUAAACUAUGAACUGAUAGAAUCAGUAUUAAUGUGGAUAGUAUCUGGGGAUCAUCCAUACCCCAAAGUUGGCACUAUACUUAUAUUCCUACCGGGUAUAGCGGAAAUCACAACUAUGUAUGACCAGUUGAAUGUUAAUAGGACUUUGGGAUGUAGAGGAGGACGAUAUUUGCUGCUUCCUCUGCAUUCAUCACUCACUAGCGAAGAGCAAGCAGCUAUAUUCAAGAAACCCAAAGACGGCAAGAGGAAAAUCGUCCUGUCCACCAACCUGGCCGAGACCUCGAUCACCAUCGACGACUGCGUCUUCGUCAUCGAUUCGGGCAAGAUGAAGGAGAAGCGGUUCGACCCGAACCGCAACAUGGAGAGCCUCGACACCGUUUGGGUGACGAGGGCGAACGCCCUGCAAAGGAAAGGGCGCGCUGGGCGGGUGAUGAGCGGGGUGUGCAUCCAUCUGUACACCGAUCACCGGUUCAAGCACCACCUGUUGCAGCAGCCCGUGCCGGAGAUCGACAGGAUACCGCUGGAGCAGCUGAUAUUGAAUAUCAAGAUACUGCCCAACUUCGAGAAUAGAGAUGCGUCCGCUGUUCUUGGAUCAUUCAUUGAACCACCGUCGCUAGAAAAUGUAUCAUCUGCACUCAAGAGACUGAAAAAUGUUGGAGCAUUAGAUAAAAAUGAAGUUUUGACACCACUUGGACACCAUCUAGCUGCUCUUCCUGUAGAUGUGAGGAUAGGGAAAUUGAUAUUGUAUGGCGCUAUCUUCGGUUGUGUGGAUGCAGCUCUUACCAUGGCGGCUUGUUUGAGUUACAAAUCACCUUUUGUAUCUCCGUUUGGUAAACGUGAAGAGGCCAACAAAAAGAAACAGUCUUUCGAGGCUGGGUACAGUGACCAUAUCACCACACUAGUUGCAUAUAGGAAAUUUUUGAAAGUGUACAAGAAAAGUCAAGUUGGAGCGAGGCAGUUUGCCAACGAGAAUUUCCUUUCGUACAGGACGCUGGUUACCAUUGCGGAUAUUAAGCACCAGUUUUUGGAGUUCUUGGUUGAUGUCGGUUUCGUGUCGGUGAAUCUUGGCGGAAGAAGAAGGAUAGGUUGGGAUACUGUUUAUGAAACUACUGGCUCAGAGUUCAAUAAAAACGAUGAGAACCUUCGACUUUUGACUUCUGUACUCUGUGCAGCACUCUAUCCGAAUGUUGUUAAGAUUCUGACACCUUCCAAAUCUUUCGUCAUGAGUGCUGCAGGGGCAGUGCCAAAAGAAAAUGCUGCCAAAGAUUUGAAAUUUUCAACAUCCCAAGAAAAUGUAUUCAUGCAUCCAAGUUCAGUCAACUACAUCGUGAAACACUUCCCGAGCCCCUACAUGGUGUACCAAGAAAAAGUCCAGACCAGCAAAGUCUUCUUCAGAGAUUGCACCAUGGUACCCGUGAUACCGUUGGUGCUAUUUUCGGGGUACGACCUCAACGUUACCAUACAGGGCGGUAACACUUUCAUCAUGCUGGAGGACGGGUGGAUCCUCUUCCGGGUCGACGAACAUAAAAUUGCCGAGAUGAUAAAGCUGAUGAGGCAGGAGUUGUUCGAUUUGCUGGAAGAGAAGAUUAGGGAUCCGUUGUUGAAUUUGUGCCAUCAUGACAGGGGCGAGAGGAUUAUAUCAACUAUUUUAGGAAUGAUCAAUGCUUGA